AUGUCUAGAGAAAAGGACGUCGGCCUGGCUUACACUGGCCAUCGCCCUAGUCAAUGUCCCCAAACCAGCAUCUUCGACUUUAUGUUUGGAAAUCCCUUUUCCCAGAAAAACGGUCAUGUGCCUCCUUCUCAAGUGUUACCAAGAGUAGAUGAUGCACAUCCCAUCUUUGUUGACAAUAAGACCAAUCGACCCGUCAACUUUGGCAGGGCCAGGAGGGACGCGCUCACCGUUGCUGCGAACCUCCGCCUGCUGGGCCUGAAUCCCAACGAUGUGCAGACACUGCCGCCAACGCCUACCUGUGGGCGCCCUGAGCUGGCACCUGUAGUGCUAGUCCAGCUGCCCAACUGCCUGCCAUUCGUCCCUGUCGUCUUUGGCGUUUUCGCCUCUGGGCUCGCGGCCUCGCUGGUCUCGCCGGCACUGACAGCCAGCGAGAUCGGCUGGGUCCUACAGAAUGCAAGGCCGCGAGCCAUCGUCACGGCCAAGGCCUGUCUCGGUGCCAUGCGGGAGGCGCUCCAGUCCCAGCAGGAUAGCGAGUACUUUUCUCAGAUUCCCGUCUUCACUGUGGAUGUUGCCGCCGAGCGCUACCCCUUUUCAGCGAGCGCAAGCACCAGCCCGGGCCCAGUCGCCCAAGAGAGGGACUGGACCUGCCUGCUCGCCGCGCCCGCCUUCGCUGUCGAGCCGUACCGCAUGUCAGCCUCGGACAGCCACAACCGGACCGCCUUGAUAUUAUGGUCGUCUGGCACAUCUGGCCGCUCCAAGGGCGUCUUGCACUCCCAUUACGCGCUGGUCUUUGCCACCGUCUCGCUCUGGUACGACGCCGACAUCCACAGGCCGGGCCUGCAGCAGCGCUGGCUCGGCUACGUGCCCUUCUACCACGUCUUUGGGCUGUGCAACAUCUUUCUCCUGGCGCCCUGUGUGGGCGCGACGUGCUACGUCAUGCAGUCCUUCAACCUCGAGGAGGUCUGUGCCGCGAUCCCCGCGCGCCAGGUCACAUAUCUGCACAUGGCACCCCCCGUCGCCGUCAUGCUGGCCAAGGCGGCUGUUGUGGACAAGUACGCCAGGAAUGGCGGGUUCAAGAGCAUCAUCGCCGCGGUGACAGGCGGGGCGCCACUGGGCCACGAGGUGGUCGAGGAGGUCCACAGGCGCCUGGGCUUCCGGGUGCGCAUGGGCUACGGGCUGAGUGAGACUUGCAACACGUCCCUGCAGAGAGGCCUGACCGAGGCAGACAUGCACGCCGACGCCGGCGACAGCGGCUCUCCGCACUGGGGGGUCGAGCUGAUGAUCGCGGCCGCCGAGCAGGACUUGAAGCCCGGAACCACGACCAGAGCGGAAAACCCCAACGUGCCUGGUGAAAUCCUGAUCAGGUCCCCGGCUCUACUGACUGCUUACUUGCCCAUCGGCGGUCUUAGCAGCAACAGCAGCAGCAAGGGAGCCACGCCGCCGGAUAUGACCAUCACGACAGAGGCGCUGACGCCAGACGGCUGGUUCCGGACUGGCGACGUGGGGUAUCUUGACGAGAAGGGCCACAUCCGCAUUACCGACCGCCUCAAAGAGCUCAUCAAAGUCCGGGCUUACCAGGUCGCCCCAGCCGAGCUGGAGGCUGUCCUAUGCAGCAGCCAGCUGGUGGCAGACGCUGGUGUAAUUGGUAUCCAUGAUAACGAUGAGGCGACCGAGUGGCCGCGGGCCUUUGUGGUUCCGCAGCGCGCCGAGCUGGUCCAGCAGCGGGAUCGAAGGGCGCUGGAGGAGCUGGCCGCCGUGAUCAAGACGCUGGUGGAGGAGAGGACGGCUCGGUACAAGUGGCUGCGGGGUGGGAUUGUCUUUGUGGAGGCGAUUCCGAAGUCGCCGAGUGGUAAGAUCUUGAGGCGGGUGAUGAAGGAUGGGGGCGUCAAGGGGGGCAUUGAGGUCGCUGUGUAUGAGAGGAAGAGGAGGGAGUCGAAGUUGUGA